GGCUAAAUCUCAAAUAUCCAAACGAGAGCGCCAUCUAAGCCAGUUAAAACCGUCCCGCGAAAAGUUACCGAGCCCCACUUCUUGUCUGAACGUCUGCCAGUGAAGACCGGGAGGGAACCAACUAACACCAAACAAAAUGAGCGACCUCAGCAAGAACGACAUUGAAAGGGCAUCCUUCGCCUUCUCCAUCUACGAUUUCGAAGGCAACGGCAAGAUCGAUGCCUACAACGUUGGUGACCUUCUGAGGGCGCUCAACUCCAACCCCACAUUGGCCACCAUCGAGAAACUCGGUGGUACCAAGAAGAAGGGCGAGAAGCAGCUUACGCUUGAAGAGUUCCUUCCCAUCUAUAGCCAAGCCAAGAAAGACAAAGACCAGGGCUGCUACGAGGACUUCUUGGAAUGUCUGAAGCUGUACGACAAGAACGAGAAUGGUCUUAUGCUUGGCGCUGAACUCACACACACGCUCCUUGCGUUAGGUGAAAAACUGGACGAUAAUGAAGUCGCCGAAGUCACAAAGGACUGCAUGGACGCUGAAGAUGAGGACGGCAUGAUCCCUUACGCGCCAUUCCUGAAGAAGGUGAUGGUGUAGAAGUCAUCAUACUCGCCAUAUCUUUAGUUAUAAGAUCGUAACUUUCCUACGACGAAUGUGCGAUGGCUGGGACCCUAAGAGGCCGAAGGAAGCACCGGCAGCGGCGGAGGGCGCGGCGGAAGCUCCCGCGCAGGGCUAGGUUCCCUUGCGGUGGGGCUAACGCGUGUGCCGGCAGUCCGCACGGUCGCCUGCUGCCUGCGUCCGCUCCCAGCCACAUCGACACCCCGUAUACGCCAUCUUAGAUACGGACAAUCCCUUUUUUUAUACGAACGCCACAACUAUGCCAACUGUUUUGUACAACUUUCUAUCUAUGACUGUACAUACUAUAAUAAGAUUAAAUUAAAUAUACUGUAAAACACACGU